GCAGGAUUCCCACUCUCGUUUUCCCCGUGUGCAACUUCAACUGCUUCCGUAACGGUAGCCUGCGCUGGUUUCACUUUAAAACUUGCGAUAGCGUUUCACUCUCUGUAGCUUUCGCCAUCGCCAUCGUCGGGUUCAGCAGAGUUAUGAGGUCUAUAGAGAGAUGCUUCCGGUGUAAAAGUGAUAUCUUUAUGAAAGCUGUCGCGAGGAAGAGCUCUCCUGCACUGUGUCGAUGCGAUCGAGGCUAUUGUUAAACGAGAUGCAACGGUGUCGGUUGGUGUGACACACCUGGGAUUGUUUCAGAAAAGACCGUAUUUGUUCCUCACGUACAUCACCGUGCCUGCAAGAGGAGAAUUUUCGUUUUCUUUUUGCUGAAUUAGUUAGAGGAGCCAUUCUAGUGUUUGUUAUUUCAUGGGGAUGUGUUCACGGCAAGAGAGGAUUCAAAAAGACGUCGACAUCGUAAUUCAAAGGUGUAAGGCAGAGAAAGACUGCCUGUUUUCUGACUUUAGAUUCGCUGACUCCACCUUCACCUUCACCUAUUCAAAGGGACCUAAGAGAGUGUCCUAUUCUGUUCACGUCUCCGAUGAUUAUCCAGAUAACACUUAUGUGUCUAACUCUGAAAACGAUGAUGAAGUGUUAGUCACUAGGGAUCCAAUACCAGUGAUUUUCCACAGAAUUUCGACAGAAAUCAGAAUAAAUAAUGAUGCCUCCAGCAGUCUGUCCAUUAAAUCAAAACUUCAAAUCGACAAAAACUCAUGCCAUUAUGCUAUAGAAGAGGAUUCAGAGGGUGACAACGAUUCUGAGGAGUUCUACUAUGUUGGGCAGAUAAAUUAUGAUGGGGAGCUUCACAAACACCCCCAGCUGGAGGCUGAUCUGGCAGCCGUGAGGGACUUACAUGGCCAUCAUGCAGUAUCUCUCAGGGAAUAUGGCGCAAUUGAUGAUGUGGACAUCGACCUACACGUUGAUGUCAGUUUCCUAGAUGAGGAGAUUGCACUUGCCUGGGAUGUGAUCAGGAGCGAACCUGUUAUUGUGCGACUUCACUGCUCCCUUACACAGUAUCUGAAUGGACCAGUUCCCACUGUUGAUGUGUUUCAAGUGUCUUCAAAAGACAGAUUUGGACUUGGACAUCAGUUGAAAAAGAUAAUGCAAACCUUUGUCACACAGCAAUGGAAGUGUCAGAGCAAAGAUAAACUCAGCCCACACAGCAAAAAGCAAUCCGAGAAGAAGGUGAAGUCUCCCCUGCGCAUUUUUUCAACUCUACGUAGAUCCCCCAGCUACCCUCCUCCAGGCUGUGUGAAAAGCAAAAAGAAGCUCAAACCCGAGCAGGAUGGUGUGUCAAAAUCCCACCAUCUGUUAAGGCGAACAUGUUCCAGCACAGUAAAGCCAGAAAUGGAUGGCUGCGUCGGCAAGUCGCACAAGCUGCUAGGCCACUCCAUCUCCAGCGACCCGCAAAUGGAGCAACAUCAGCCCCUCAAGCAGCGGCCUUGCUCGACUGCCGUGAAACCAGAGGACUGCCCACCGCUGCGGCCUCAUAAACUGUCAACGCGGCCGAGCAUGGCGGAGCCCCGCUGCGAACACGCUCCUGGCAGCAGUAGCGAUGGUGGUGCUUUGAAGCCUCACCGGCUCUUGAGCCGUUCCUGCUCGGGCAGCGUGCGGUCUGAAGAGCUGGAUGGCCUGAAGCACCACCACCAUCUGCUCAGCAGGUCCUACUCCAGCAGCACCAAGAUGGGCAAAGCCGACAUCUUCAAAGAGCCUGUCACUGAGAGCAGACGCCUCUCCCUUACCUCAGGGCUGAUCGGCAUCCUGGCCCCAUCACUUGCUUCCACACCUCAGCCAAACUUUGGAGCCAAAUCCAUUCCAUUCAGAGACAGAGGCUUCCUUGUGCAGACCAUGGAGUACGCAGAACAGCGUAUCCCUGUACUGAACGAAUUCUGUGUAGUCUGUGAUGAACCUCACGUUUUCCAAAAUGGACCAAUGCUCAGACCCACCGUGUGUGAGAGAGAGUUAUGUGUGUUUGCCUUCCAAACGUUAGGGGUCAUGAAUGAGGCAGCUGAUGAGAUUGCCACUGGUGCUCAGGUGGUAGACCUGCUGGUCUCCAUGUGCCGAUCUGCGCUGGAGUCUCCAAGGAAAGUUGUUAUUUUUGAGCCAUAUCCCUCUGUAGUGGAUCCCAAUGACUCACAAGCACUUGCCUUCAACCCCAGGAAAAAGGACUAUGAUCGAGUGAUGAGAGCACUUGACAGUAUCACAUCUAUCAGAGAAAUGACUCAGGCUCCAUACCUGGAGAUAAAGAGACAAAUGGACAAGCACGAUCCACUGGCUCACCCACUACUACAGUGGGUAAUAUCCAGUAACAGAUCACACAUAGUGAAGCUUCCUGUUACUAGACAACUGAAGUUCAUGCACACGCCCCACCAGUUCCUCCUGCUCAGCAGUCCGCCUGCCAAAGAAUCCAAUUUUAGAGCUGCCAAAGGCCACUUUGGAAGCACCUUUGCUUUCCAUGGAUCACACAUAGAAAACUGGCACUCAAUUUUGAGGAAUGGUUUGGUUGUGGCAUCAAACACAAGGCUUCAGCUCCAUGGCGCAAUCUAUGGGAGUGGAAUCUAUCUCAGUCCAUUAUCAAGCAUAUCCUUUGGCUACUCAGGGAUGAAUAAAAAGCAGCAGAAAGUUACUUCAAAAGAUGAAACUGCUGCUAACAAAUCCAACAUUAAUUUGCAGACACUGAAGAAAGGCCAGAAUCCACAGUUUCUGCAGAGUCGCAACCUGAAAUGCAUAGCCUUGUGCGAAGCUAUUACAUCUCCAGACCUGCACAAGCAUGGUGACAUCUGGGUAGUUCCAAAUACAGAUCAUGUUUGUACACGUUUUUUCUUUGUUUAUGAAGACGGACAAGUAGGCGACACCAGUAUUAACACACAGGACCCCGGUAUUCACAAGGAGAUCCUACGAGUCAUCGGCAAUCAAACGGCUACUGGAUGAGUUGGAACAUGAUACUGCGGCCUUGACCUUUCUCAAAGCUGGAUAAUUGACCGUAGGAGGCCAAUACCAUAGAACACAAAAAACUGAAAAAAAUAAAUAAAAUAAAUAAUAAUAGUCACAAUCUUCAAAAUUAAACACUAUUUAUACAAUACUAUUCCCCAUGGAUUAUAUGUUUAUUUACACUGGCUAUUCAAACUAUUACCAUUUUGCUAAGUUUAUAAAUAAAAGGUACAUUUUGAAAGAGCAUGGUAUGUCUCAGUUCACCUGAUAGACAACUUAUUUUUUUUGUAAAGAAUACAAAAAAUGAAAACACUUUGAAGAAUAUUUUGAGACUUCACUGGAGAAAAUAUAAUAUUCCUGUGUGGAUAUGCGCCAUCUGACUUUGUUUUCUAAGAGUUGUACUUGUUUAAGUACAUUAAUUUGUAUAUACAAAAGGUGUCUAUAUGCACUUUAUUUUUCUUAAUGUAUGAUUGUUUCAGACGUCCACAUGAUCUUAAAUGCCUUUAAAAGGCAGAAGUAUUUUUAUCGGACAGCGCUAAACAUAAGCGACCAACUCCUGAUGUUGAAGACACUGCAUUUAGAGCUGAUGGAGAUAUUUGACAAGGGUAGUUUAAAUAAAGUCCCAAUGCGACUCUUAAUAUGACAUGUUACUUAAAAGUAAACCGUCAGUUUACAAUUUCUAAAGGUCUAAGUUAAGGACUUUGCCCAGAUUAAUCAAACCUGCCACUUCAUUAAAACAUUUAAAUCAGAUCAUAUAUUACUGUAACAUUGUUGUUUUUAUUGAGGAGUGAAUUUACCAACUAUGAACAAGAGAGUUUAGAAAAAAGAAAGAAAAAAAAAACUAAAAAGACUUUGUAUACUUGGCAGCAACAAAUACAAUUUUAAACAAAUUGUUUUCCUUGGUAUGGUUAGAAUUUUUUAUAAAGAAAAAAAUUCACACCCAAAUGUACAAUGUCUUUAAAAAUUAUUUCAAUAUAAAUAUUUUCUAAGGUGAUUUUAAGGCAGAAUAAGUGUUUGCUGCUUGUUAUUCAUACAUUGUAAUGUAUUAACGGAAGGUCCAAUUGUGAGUAUUCUGUUUUCUGUUUAUUCAGUUUUUGCAAUUAUUUAUAGUGAUGUUUAGAUGACUGUGUGGUUGUUCACUUUCUGAACAUAAAUUAAAUUGUUGACUCAUUAAAAUCAUCUCAUCUUUUUUGAGAAUGAGUGAUAGUUACCUGAUAUAGUUAUAUUACGUAUCUGUGCAUAAAAGUGGCAAAUUUGGUUAAAUUCUUUUAAACAGUUUAAAUGCAAAAAAAAAAAAAGAUAAAGCACCACAACAGUUUUCUCAUUUACUGGUUUAAUUAUGGGGGUUAUUAAACUACAGGAACAUUAAAUAUGUGGGUUUGAUUAUUUUUUGUGCAGAAAACAAUUUUUUAUUUUCCAUGUGUCUGAAAUACUGGUAAACUAACAUGACAUUCACUUGCAAUAUAUUCCACUUUAUUCCAUUUUAGGUUCAAGUGCUCAAAGUGGUGACAGCUUAAUAUUACAAUAACAAGUUUUUGUGAGUGCACCAAGGUUAACUGGUUGAUUAUCAUCAUGUACAUCUCCUUCAAGUAUUGAAAUGCUUGGGGGAUAGUUGUAAGAAUGCAUGUUCACACUUAUAACUGCAAAACCGCUUAAAACAUCUUAAAGCAACAUAUUUAUGUUUAUCUUUUACUUUACCCUCAUUAUGAUGGACUUCUGUUCAUAUAAACUUGUGUUUGUAUAGUUUUGUACAUUGUCUGCACAAUUUGGUAAAAAUAUCAUGCUACUUAGCAUAUGGUGCCUUAUCUGUAAGGAUUAAAAUGGCAAAUAUAUGACUGCUGUAUGACAACACUGUCAUAUAUGAAAUAUACUGUAUAUAGUGUAAAUAAGGCCACAACAACACGGAGGCCAAAUAUUUUUACAUUUUCCUUAUUUUGCAAACAGAUCAAGCUUUUUGGCUUUUUACAAGUUAUGAAAAUAAUAGCUUAUGUACCUGUUUAUAUUCAUUAAAUUCAGAUUUGCCUAUAAAGCACAAACUUUUGUCUUUUUUAUUUCUAAUUGAAAUCAGAUGUUAAACCUUAAUACAGCUGAAUGUUAGUCCACAGAUGAUAUAUCAUUCAUACACCGUAACCUUUGUGCCAUCUUUGAUCAGACAGUUGCUAAUUGCAAGAGUGUUUUAUUUUGUUAGUACCAUAAAAUGCCAGGCCAGAACAUAACACCGUCUCUCCUUCAGCAUCAAAACUGUCAAAAUCUCUGAUGCUAGCACAAUUAAUUUAUAACCUGAAUUCUUCCAGUAGGCCAUUUUAGAUUCUGUUCUGCGAGAUGCAAAAAUAAUUAUUGUGGUCCUAUUAUGGUUUUCCCCACAAAAAGUUAAUUUAUAAUUUAACUGUAUCUCUGCAAGUUAGAGCAAGGACAUGCCUGUCAUCCACUGCCAAGAACCAAGACCGUUUUGCACAGGUAGGUCAUUGGUUAGUUAUUGUUUGUAUAAGAUUAAUAAAUACCCAGUAAACAUUAACUGUUUUUCCAUUGUCUUUUUUGUUUUUAAUAUUGUUCAUCAUUAAUUAGUAAUCCACCCAAGUGGUUUAUGUUAGCAUGUCUGUCAUUUGUUUUAAUGACAUUCAUUAAUGAAUUUCAUGCGCAUUUUAUUUUUGCCCUAAACUAACUCGUAUUGUAAGUAGUAUUGCCUUACAGUCAGUUUAAGCUGAGGCCACAUUUUAAGUGGGCUGGAACAAAUGUCUCAUAAGUCUUUACAGUAACAUAUAUAUAUAUAUAUAUAUAUAUAUAUAUAUAUAUAUA